AAAACAGCUUUCCCUCGGUCCCAGACACUGGGCUACAAAAACGGAUUUGCCUUUUCUCGGCUGCCAGGGGGGCGGCUCUCCGGGAACCAGCUUUCUGCAGCUGCCUUGGAUGAGUUCUCCAACCUGAGACCCACGCUGACCUACGGGCCAGCCAAGAGGCCUCCACCUUCAGGCUUCCUUCCAGCACACGUGGCUUUGGACAAAAAGAUCUUGAAGUUUGAUGCCUAUUUCCAGGAAGAUGUCCCUCUCUCUGCAGAGGAGCAUUACCGGAUCCGCCAGGUGGGCAUCUACUACUACCUGGAAGAUGACAGCAUGUCAGUGAUAGAACCUGCUGUGAAGAACUCUGGCCUUCCUCAAGGCAAACUUGUCAAACGCCAUCGGGUGCCCAAGAACGACCGUGGGGAUCAUUACCACUGGAAGGACCUGAACAGAGGCAUCAACAUCACCAUGUACGGCAGGACCUACCGCAUAGUCAACUGUGACCCCUUCACCCAGGUGUUCCUGGAGAGCCAAGGCAUUGAGCUGAACCCUCCCGAGGACAUGGCUUUGGACCCCUACACCGAGCUGCGGCAGGUGCCUCUGCGCAAGUACAUCACCCCCUCGGACUUCGACCAGCUCAAGCAGUUUCUGAACUAUGACAAGCAGGUCCUUCGCUUCUACGCCACGUGGGGUGACACUGACAACCCCUCGGGUGACAGUCGGCCUUCCAUCAUCCACUACUACUUGGCAGAUGACACGGUGGAGGUUCGGGAAGUCUACAGGCCAAACGAUGGCAGAGACCCUUUCCCGGUCCUGAUAAAACGCCAGCGCUUGCCCAAAACCUUUGUGGACAAGAAGAAGACCUUCCCAAGCUGUGUGCUGGAGAUCUCUGAUCAGGAGGUGCUGGAGUGGUACACAGCUAAAGAUUUUGCUGUUGGCAAGUCAACCACCCUCCUGGGACGCACCUUCUUCAUCUAUGACUGUGAUGAGUUCACACGGAACUUCUACCGCGACAAGUUUGGCAUCACAGACUUCCAGCCAGUGGAAAUAAAGAAGAAACCACUUCAGGAAAUUCCACGGGUAAUUCCUCCUUACAAUGGCUUUGGCACCCUUGAAGACUCUCUUCAGAACUGUUUGUCCCUGUUUCCAAAGCCACCAAGGAAAGAUAUCUUUAAGAUGCUAGAGAACAACCACAAAGUGCUGCGAUACGAGGUGGCCCUGGAAUCCCCAAACCCUGUGGACAGGAAGCGUCGUUUCAUCCUCUCCUACUUCCUCUCCAACGACACGAUCAGCAUCUACGAACCCCCCACCCGCAACUCGGGCAUCAUCGGGGGCAAGUACUUGGAGAAGAGCAGAGUGGCCAAGCCAGGCUCCACGACAGAGCAUGCCACCUACUAUGGGCCUUCUGACCUCACCAUUGGCUCCACGAUUGAAGUGUUCGGCCGCAGGUUCGUUAUCACGGACGCUGAUGAAUAUGUGCUUAAUUACAUGGAGAGCAAUGCAGAGAGAUUCCCCACGGCAGUGCUGCAGUCCCUGAGGGAUCAUUUUCACUCCCGCCAGGUGGCAAAGGAGGCUGCCAACAGAGCCAUCCCCACACUUGGGGCCAGCAAGCAGGAACUGGAUGAAUUCAUUAUGCAGGCUCAGGAGGAGCUGAAGCUCCACCAGCACCUGGACAAGAAGAACAUUCAGGAGGCUUUUCUUCAGUGUGACAAGGAUGGUUCUGGCACCCUGGACAAAGCAACAUUCUUGGGCCUUUGUGAGAGCCUGAGUGUGCCAACCAACACCACCCUCCUGAGCAAGGGCAGCAGGAAGGGGUGCUGUGCAGGAUGA